AUGGAUGGUUCCUCGAGGGGCAAUCCUGGUCCGUCUAGAGGUGGUGGGAUUUGUAGAUCCGAAAAUGGGAAUGUGAUCUUUGCCUUCGCAGUAGGCUACGGUGUCGGCUUCAACAAUCUAGCUGAAUUUAGAGUGGUUUGGGAUGGGCUCGUAUUAUGUUUUGCUAAGGGGUUGUCCAGAAUAGUUGUCGAAUUGGAUUCCAAGCUAGUUGUGGACAUUCUCAACCAUUCCUCCAACCCCUCUUGGAUAUGGCGGAAUUGGAGCUCGAGGAUAGAUACAAUGGGGAACUACAGGUGGCUGAGUUUUCAGCACGUUCUUAGAGAAGGCAACAUCCCGGCUGAUAGUUUAGCUAAGCUUGGAAGUGCUUCCCAAGCCUCCUCAUAUUUUGCUAGCUCAGCUUAG